AAGGAAAAGAGAAAAACUCCAAGGGUUGUUCAAAUCAUACCAAACAUUAGUAUUGAAUCCGGCUUAAACCCUAAUUUGUGGUUGAGCCAACUCCAGCAAUGGUGUCGCAUACUUCGAAUAAUGGUGUGCUCUGACUCGUGGCUGAUUUCGUGAAGAAGCGAACAAUAUACCUCAUCAUUCUCAGAUUUUCUGUGUUUUCUGCUAACAUGGCUAUCAAUUUAUCCCAGAAGGUGAACAGAAUGACUUCUGGUGGCUCAGAUGAUUACAAUUCAUGGAGGUCAUUGAUUUUGGAGAUUGAAGCUACAUGCCCGGAGGAUAUAGAUACUACUUCCUUAGCAUACGAGUCCUUUUUAGCAAUAUUCCCAUUGUGUCACUGGCAUUUGGAGAAAUAUGCAUGUUACAUAGCAGAGAGACGUGGUGCUCAAGAAGCAGUGAAAAUUUAUGAGCGAGGAGCAGCUGCUGCAAUGUAUUCAGUUGGUUUCUGGGUUGACUAUUUUUCAUUUGGCACAUCUUGCUUUGAAGACCCUGAGGAUGUUCGUCGGUUAUUUGGAAGAGCUGAGACAUUUGUUGGUAGAGAUUACUAUUGCCAUGUUAUAUGGGACAAGUAUAUGAAAUAUGAAUUUAGUCAGGGGGGUUGGAGGUUUCUUGCAUUGAGUUACAUCCAAGCACUCAGAUUCCCAACAAAGAAGCUGCACUUUUAUUAUGAUAACUUUAAGCAAUUUGUUGCCAAUUUGGAAGAGGAGAUUGGUCUUGAAAAGGGUAACAACAUGGAAGUAGUUCAACCCUCUAGUCCUCGUGCAUCAACAGAAAUAUCUAGGGAUGAAAUCUCUCUCGUCAUUAACGAUUUACUGGAUUCAUCUGAUGUAUCCAUUAAGUCCAGAGCACUAGAUAGAUAUAGAGCUAUUGGUGAGGGAUUCUAUCAGGAAGGAUGCCAGAUGGAGGAAAAGAUCAAGUGUUUUGAGAAAAAAAUUCAUAGGCGGUACUUUUAUGUGACUCCUGUUGAUGAUGAUGAAAUAAGUAAUUGGCACCUAUAUCUGGAUUUCAUUGAAGAUUUAGACGACUUGGAUUGGGCUGUGAAACUGUAUGAAAGAUGUUUGAUUCCAUGUGCCAAUUACCCUGAAUUCUGGACGCGAUAUGUGGAGUUCCUUGAAUCAAAAGGAGGACGUGAGCUGGCUUUAUGUGCCCUGGAUCGGGCAGCUCAAUUAUUUUUGAAGAAUGUGCCUGAGAUCCAUCUAUUCAGUGCAAGGUUCAAGGAGCACUUAGGAGAUGCUAAUGGUGCUCGUGCUGCAUUGCUUCGGGUUGAUGCAAAGACUGAUGCCAGUUUCAUUGAAAAGACUAUGGCUCUAUCCAACAUUGAAAGACGUCUUGGGAAUUUUAAAGCCGCUUCUGCUGCAUAUGAGAUAGCACUGGAAGCAGCAAGGGAGAGGCGAAGGCUACAUGUUCUUCCUACUCUGUAUAUUCAAUUUGCCUAUCUCACCUUCUCGAUAUCAGGCAGCUCAGCUGCUGCCAGAGAUGUAUUGAUUGAAGGUGUACGCAACGUGCCUGAUUGGAGAUUUCUUGUCGAGGAGUUGAUAAAAUUUGCAAUGACACACGAAGGGGCAAGCCACUUAAAUGUGAUUGAUGCAAUAAUAGUUGAUGUCAUUACACCUGAAUCAGAUGAAUAUAAAGAUUUGAAUGCCAAAGAUCGUGAGAGCCUAUCACUCUUAUUCUUAGAGUAUGUAAAUCUUUGUGGAACACUACAAGAUUUAAGAAAGGCUUGGAGUCGUCAUGUUAAGUUAUUUCCACAGUUCCUAAGGAUGAGGACAGCAUAUAAUAAAUCAACAUCAGGCAAUUACUUGUCAGGUGGGAUUGCAGGAAGAAAAGGAGAUCAGCCAUCUGGUGAUGAGUGUUCUGGUAAUCAUCUCCAGAUUCAAGGGCAAAAACAGGUCCUUAAGUCUGCAGUUAAUGAUGAGAUCCAGCCUAAUGAGAUGUUAGAAAGGCUGUCGCUUCCAGAGAAUAAUAAAAUAAGUGCCGAGGAAACAGUGGUACGGCAAGGGUCUCAAGAAGCUAACUUGAUCAAGCAGGAUGCAUCUGGAAACAGUGAACCAGCCUAUGAAUUAUCACGCCAGUAUAUGGAGGACAAUCUGGGGAGAAUAAUUUUUAGUGCAGAAUUAACUAGCCAGUCUAAAGGGAAUGCUUUGAGCACAUCCGAGCCGGAUCAAGAUCCUGCAGGAGGCAAAGGUACGCACAUGGACGUCAGAACGGAACUUGUAAAGCCAUCAAAUGGAAAUGCUUUAAUUCUACAUGAGGGAGCACAAGAACCAGUCAGUUUGGCAACAACGGAGCCAAUUCAGCCAAACUCUCUGAAUUUUCCGGAGAAGGAACCUCAGGAGUCGACUCCCAUGGCUGUUGACAAGAAUGAAUCACAAAGAGGUGUGUCUGGUGAGAGCACACCGGGUGCCAUCUCAAAUGUUGAAUUUAAUUCGUCUGCUGCCUCCAGCAGCGUUCAGACUGAUCACAUUUGCAAUGAAUUGGUCAGAGAUAGAUCAACGAGCCAUCAGCAAAAUAUAUCAACAAAAAGAUGGGUCGAUCCAGAUGAGCCAUCCAAAGCUGAUGCCUACUCGAAUGAAAUAGACAAUCACACACCACCCCCUGCUACAGGACCCUCAACUUCAUGCCUCAAAGAGCAGCUGCCAGGUCUAGAGUCCAAGUUGGAGCAGUCUCUCCACCACGGGUGUCAUCCGACUGUUACAUCCGGCAGAUCAAUGCAUGUAAGUCCUGACACUGCUCAGCAGAAUCUAGAUAAGCAGAAAUCUGGUCUGGUAGAAGACACAGUAAGUGACAAAGGCCAGUCUGCAAAUAAUAUGACACCUCCAACCAAUGUGUCCUCAGGACAAACACCAGCAUCGACUCAGCCAGUUUCUUAUUCCAUGCCAAAUGUGAAUCCGAUGGCUUCGCAAAAUGGUCAAUAUCCAUGGCAAACACAGCAGAGCUUAGAUAUGAACCAGAUGUUACAGUAUCAUUAUCAGCAGCAACAGUUACUUCAACAACAGUACCAGCAGCAGCAGAUGCAAAUGCAGCAAGCCUAUUUCCAACUGCAACAAAAUUACCAGCAGUACUAUCAGCAGCUACAGCCACAUCAAAAGCAACAGCAGCAUAAUCAGCAGCAACUGCAACCUAUGGUUCAGCAGCAGCCUCAGUUGUCUCCUUAUCAGGCUUAUCAGAUGCAGCAAAAUUUCUCGACUUUUCAGCAUCCACAGCAGCCAUCCCAACACCAACAUUAUCAGCAUGACCAACAGCAGGUGGUAGGGAAUCUGCCAGUGCAGCAAGGUCAGGAAGCUCCUAACUUUCAGCAGAUACAUAUGAAACAACCGCUAGAAGCACAGGAUUCAGCUUACCAAGAACGUCAAUUAGCUUACCAACAACAGCUAAUUUUGCAGCAGUACCAACAAUACCAGGCUUAUCAGCAAAUGCAACUACAGCACCAAUCUCAGGAUGGGACUAAACACGUGCAAGAGCAACAGAUCCAGCAGCAUCCUGUGCAGAACCAGCAAGGUGAACAGCUGCAAAAACAGCAGCAAGUAAUUUCAACCAAUUUGACGCAGCAUGCAAGCCAAAAUCAACAGGUUUCUAGAAGUGCAUCAACAGAUUAUGACAGUGAAACCAAACCUUCUGAAUCUAAACAUCUUCAAUCACCAUGAAUGUAGCAAUGAUGUCCUACUGUUGGUUGAUACUAAUCUCAGAUGCUACAGUAUGGCUUCAUCUCAGCAUCUCAUGCAACCAACAUAUGUGGAUGUGCUGCUAUGCUGCAAUCCUCAACUAAUGUAAGACACAUGGGUCUCAACCUUAAGGAAUAACUUGAUAUGUGGAUGAUAUUGUAGGAUAUGUUAAUCCAAUGCAUGCAUGUCGCUGUUAAUUGAUGAAACUAGAAUGCUACGAA